AUGCCCAGAGCGGUUCCGGGGGAGAUGCGGAGCCACGUGCGGCAUGACGGCUGCUCUGCUUCCCUUGCAGGCGCGAAGCCCGCCCCUGGGAUCUGCUUUGAGAGAGUCAACUCCGCAGGCGACCCCUACGGCAACUGCGGCAAAGACGCCAAGAGCUCCUUCGCCAAGUGCGAGACGAGGGACGCCAAGUGCGGGAAGAUCCAGUGCCAAGGGGGUGCCAGCCGGCCGGUCAUCGGCACCAACGCCGUCUCCAUAGAAACGAACAUCCCACUGCAGGAAGGGGGCCGGGUCCUGUGCCGCGGGACCCACGUGUACCUGGGCGACGACAUGCCGGACCCGGGGCUGGUGCUGGCCGGCACCAAGUGCGCGGACGGAAAAAUUUGCCUCAAUCGUCGGUGCCAAAACAUCAGCGUGUUUGGUGUGCACGAGUGUGCGAGGCAGUGCCACGGCAGAGGGGUGUGCAACAACAGGAAGAACUGCCACUGCGAGGCCCACUGGGCGCCCCCUUUCUGCGACAAGGUCGGCUUCGGAGGAAGCACAGACAGCGGCCCCAUCCGGCAAGCAGGUCACCGAGGCCUCACGGCCGGCGUCCUGGCCAGCAUCCUGUGUCUCCUCGCGGCCGGGCUUGCGGUUUAUCUCAAAAGGAAGACGCUGGUCCGCCUGCUGUUUACAGACAAGAAGACCCUUGAGAAGCUAAGGUGCGUGCGCCCCGCCCGGCCCCCCGGCGGCUGCCAGCCCAGCCAGGCUCCCCUCGCGCCCCUCAGCCAAGGUGUGAUGAGGAGGCCAGCGCCGUCCAGCUCAGCCACGGACAACCCCAAGAGGCCGCCGCAGUGUCAGAACGUUGCCAUCAGCAGGCCCCUGCAGGCCCUGGACCGCCCCCGACCCCCGUCCCCGCAGCGAGUGCUCCCGACCCUCCACCAGGCGCCCCGCACGCCCAGCGUCCCCGCCAGACCCCUGCCGGCCACCCCUGCGCUAAGGCAGGCCCAGGUACGCCCUCCGCUGCUACCUUGACGGGUGCCCGGGCUC